GGUUGGGAGGGGGAUAUGGGGAGAAUGGGGUUGGGAGGGGGAUUCGGGGAGAAGGUGGGAGAAUGGCUCCUAUUUCUGACGUCUCUGCUCUUGUCUCCCCCUCCCCCCGACGAAACCCCGAAAGGCUGUGCCAAGGGGCGACGGGUCAACGCCAAGUGCUUCCUGGGGGUGAAGUCCUUCGAGACGUUUGAGGACAGCGCCAGGCUGUGCGGGGCUGGGGGCGGCCAUCUCGCUAUGCCCAGGGGGGUGACAGAGGCGGAGGCCCUGGCUGCUUACACCAAGUCGUUUUUCGGGCCCGGGAAUUGGCCGGCCUGGAUCGGGGUGACCGAUCGGCACAGCGAGGGGGUCUACGUCUUCCAGGAUGGCGUCAGGGUGGCGCCCGGGGACCAGUGGUACCGCCACCCUCAGCUGGGCCAGCCCAACGGGGGGGCGCAGGAGAACUGUGUGGCACUGUCCACCGAUGACGGGAAAUGGUGGGACAAGGACUGCGGCCGCAGAAUGUACUUCAUCUGCGAGUAUGAGUACUGAGGGAGGAGGGGAGGGCAGGGAGGGGGCCGAAUGGGGUAGGGACGUCCCUCCAGGGGUCGGGGGGGGUCGCCAGGAACCAGCGACCAGCCCCGGCCCCUCCUCCUCCACACCCCAUUCCGCCCCCGCCUUCCAUCGCCAACCCUCAACCAUCUGACCCCCUCCCCCCGCACCCCCCCUCCACCACCACCACACUCCUUCCUCCACUGGGGCGGGGGCGCAAUUGGCUGAAUUGGUGCCCAUUGGCCAACUCAAUGGUUCAAAGGUCGGCAGGGGUGGGGGUGAAACCGUGAUUGGCUAAAAUGGCCCCCGUUGGCCAACUCAAUGGUUCAAAGGUUGGCGCGGGUGUGGGGUGGGGGAGGGUGAAACCAUGAUUGGCUAAAAUGGCGCCCAUUGUCCAACUCAAUGGUUCAAAGGUCGGCGGUGGUGGGGGUGAAACCGUGAUAGGCUAAAAUGGCCCCCGUUGGCCAACUCAAUGGUUCAAAGGUCGGCGGGGUGCGGGAUUGUCGUGAUUGGCUGAAAUGGCGCCCAUUGGUCAACUCAACGGGUGGGUAGGGUCACGCCAACUCCAGAAGGGGGCGGUGAGGCCCCACCACUAGAACAAACCCUUGAGUGUCCCCCCACCCCACAAUCCCUUCGACCCACAGCCCCUCAAAUCCGGCUGCAGAGGUCUCCAGUCAACCCUGACCCCUGCAUCCCCACUCCCUUCCCCUGAAGGCCCGGCAUGGUUACCCCGUGCAAUGUGGUGGGGAGGGGGGAGGUGACAAUUCCCAAUUCCCGCUCUCUUCCUCACGUUCCCCCAGUCUCCAUAGGGAACACGAGGUAAGAUAGGUUGGAUAUCCGAGGUGGCGGGGGGGGGGUGUGGAGAGGGGGUGGGGGGUGGUGGUAGGAGGGGCGUUGGUGUUUGGCUUGGGCUGGCUGCUCGACUGCGGGAGGCGUCGCUGGUGUUGUGACAACUUCCUUCUCUCCUGAACAGAAACCCCGGACCCCAGACCCCAUUGUACCUGCCCUCUCUCUCUCUCCAUUGCCCCACCCCCACCCCCACCCGUGGGUAAAUGUUGGAAGCUGGAUGGAUGGAUACCAGUUUGGGUCAGGGGAUGGGAACGUCGCCCAGUUCUAUCCCGGACCCUUCCGUUGCCUUCUCGAUCUGCUCCAACUUCCUCGACCCAACCCACUUCCUGGAAUUCUAAAUCCCAAAGGACUGUGUCCAGGCACAUUAGGGAGAAGGGAACAGGGGUCCAGCAGAUUGGUCAGAGAGGGAGGGGAGUGUCAUGGAGCUUUCGUCAAAGGCAGGAGAGACAGAGAGAGAGAGAGAGAGAGACAGAGAGAGAGAGACAGAGAGAGAGAGAGACAGAGAGAG